UUAAAGCUUGACCUCUGAUGUAAGUGAGGUAACGCACUUCGAAGUUCGAAAGGGUAAUAGGAAACGUAGUACGACUCCAAAGCUGUCGUUGAGUUGGCCUACUAGUCAAACAACUAGGUAUCGUACGAAUAAAGUGAAGUGUUGAUAUAGACUAAUUUCAAAUAUGGCUCAUGCUUGGCUUCAUGUACAUGCACUGGCGCUAUGUCAUGGUACACAGCUAUGAUAUCAAUAGUAAUAUUGCCCACUGCCACUGAUUCUAGAUAAGCAGGCUUCGGGUUGGGCAUUUACCUGGACCGGGUUCACACACUGCAACCGAUUAUAAGGCUACACCAACGCUUCUCCGUGAGUCACAUUCAAGUUCACCUUCCCCCAUGGAUCCUUCAAAGAUAAGAGAGAAAAUCGGUCGCUUUCGAAUCCUCGUUGUAGGAAGAGCGAAUGCAGGAAAAACUACCAUCCUGCAGAGAGUCUGCAACACACGGGACAACCCAGAGAUAUACAACAGCGCCGGGGAAAAGAUCGAUCUUGCAGUCAUAGCGGCAUCCAGAGAGCGCGGACUGCAUGAUAUCGAAAAUGAAAUGGUGUUUCGAAGCAACCCGGGCUUCAUUUUUCACGAUUCACGCGGGUUUGAGUCAGGCGGCGAAUUGGAAUUUAUCAAGGUAAAGACAUUUAUUGCUGACCGUUCCAAGGAAAGCAAAAUAACAAAUCGACUCCAUGCUAUAUGGUAUUGCAUUCCAAUGGACGAGGCACACAGGUCGUUCACUGCAGGUGAACAGAAAUUCUUUUCUCAGUGCGACACAGGAAGCGUUCCAGUAAUCGUAGUAUUCACCAAGUUUGAUGCCCUGUACGAUGUCGCAUACUCACAACUGAGAAGGGAAGGAAAAUCUCUGAAAGACGCUCAAGAACUGGCUCAGCAACGCGCCGAAGAAAGAUUUCCUGAUGGACCACAAUUGAAGUUUCUGAAGGGCGUACGAUGGCCUCCAAAAGGUCAUGUAUGCCUCCCUAAUAUGAACGAGGAUAAUGCAGAUUGUGGGGCGCUGAUUGAACGCACGGCUGGAACUUUGAACGAUGAGAUGCUGGAGCAAUUAUUCGUCUCAACCCAGCAGACAAACUUGGAGAUCUGCAUGAGAUAUGCAAUUGAGAGGUAA